UCAUUCUCGAAAGUUAUUGUGCCACCGCCAGUCGUUUUUCCACACAAUGCAACUGGUUUCUUGGAUAUAUUUAUUGGCCUGUUCAUUGCCUGUGGUGAGGAGUGCGUAUAAGGUGGUCGCUGCUCCAGUUGGCCAGAAUAUCACGGAGUAUAUGCAUGCGCGCCAGAAGAGGCAUCAGUUGAUCUACAGGAAUGGAGGUACCAUCCGUUUGGUAGUGGGUCCCGUGCUGGCCACUCAGCUCGAGGAUCCCGUGGUCUGGCGCAGCAUGGUCUACUACUAUGUGCUGCAUUUCGGGGCAUUUACCCUGCCAUCGGCACCACUUUAUCCCUGGGACAAAUGGGAGACGAUAUAUGCGCGUUCGUUGCAGGAGAAGAUCAGGAGCUUGGAUGAGACGCACGAGGACGACACUCGCCUGUUCGUAUAUGCCGCCUUGGAGAACUACAUGGACCAAGUCAGUGGAUCUCCUGGUCGAGGUCGUCAAUGCUUGCUGCGAGGCAUCUGCGAAAAUGCGCAGGUGCAUCACCAUGUGGGCAUCAUGGCGGAGCUACUAGACGUUCUACUUACACCUGGUAAGACGCGCUUGGAUGUGGCCUACAAGGAGGCUUUAGCAGCUGGCCAGGCUGGAAUCGAUUGCCUAGCUCGCUAUUCGGAUUGUCCAAGAGGUGAAAGUGUGUUGGAUGCAUAUGCUCUGGAUGUGGAAUACUGAAUAAUGUUUUUAAAACAGAUUUUAAGUGAUAUAUAAUUUUGCGACUUGAAUAAAUCAAGUUAAUUCAA